AUGACUGCCGCCGAAAAAUAUGAAUAUCCUCCAAUUCCAUCCCAAAAAGAAUUAGAUGACCAUGACGUGCCAUUCCUUCAUAGGGACCAUUGUGCUGCGCAUUUGAUUAACUACUAUAAGUGUCUUGAUAAGGGAACAUCAUAUUGUAAUAAGCCAAAGGAUGAGUUCUACAAGUGCCAAUAUUUAGCAUUGAAAGAAAGACUCGAAAGUCACAAAUAA